UCACAGGCCAAACGGACAGCCGCUCCACGCCCUCCAAUUAGUAACUCUCAAACGGCGCUGCGCGUGACCCGUCCUUCCUCUCUCUCCUCUAUGAGACAAAUCGUCAAACACCUAUUCAACGCGUACAAAUUGCACCACCGCUGCGUCAUAGUUACCAGGUCAAUCCCCUUUCAUUUCUAACCACCUUUCUCCUCACUUACCCUCCCCUCCUCCUCCCCAAUUCCUCCCAACCAACAGCAGCAUCCAUCCUUCUCCAUGGGCCGCGCCUCCAUGGCAAAACUCAACAGCAACCAUCUCCGCCAACUUCGCGACAUCUUCUCCCGCUUCGACAUGGACUCCGACGGCAGCCUCACCCUCCUCGAGCUCGCCGCCCUCCUCCGUUCCCUCGGUCUCAAGCCGACCGGCGACCAGAUCCACGCUCUUCUUUCCAGCAUGGACGCGAAUGGCAACGGCACCGUGGAGUUCGACGAGCUCGCGGCGGCCAUCACGCCGCUGAUGAGCGAGCAGACGAUCCUCAAUCAAGAGCAGCUUCUCGACGUAUUCAGAUCAUUCGAUCGUGACGGAAAUGGCUACAUAUCGGCGGCGGAGCUCGCUCGCUCCAUGGCGCGGAUGGGUCAACCGCUCACGUUCUGCGAGCUCACCUCCAUGAUGCGCGAGGCUGAUACUAAUGGCGAUGGUGUCAUUAGCUUCAACGAGUUCACCGCCGUCAUGGCUAAAUCUGCACAUGACUUCCUCGGCUUCCCCAUCACAUACUAGGGCUCUGAUUCUGCUUUAUUGAUCCCCAUCGCCGUCGUUCAUAUUGGUCGGUUGAUCUGUCCUGCGUUAUUAAUGGCUAAUUUCUUUCUUAAAUUAUGCAUCGAUGUAUAUAUUUUAGCAACGAUGAUUUUAACUGGCUAAUUUUUUUCAU